AAGAGGGGGGAAGUCGGUGGUGGUAGGGGAGAGAGAGAGGGUGAGACGGAGGAGGAGGAAGAAGAUGGUGCUGUUGGAGAAGCUUUGGGACGACGUGGUAGCCGGUCCUCAGCCGGACCAUGGGCUGGGCAAGCUUCGGAAGCUGACCACUAAAGCUUUUGGACCCAGAGAUGGGGAAGGUGGAGAGGGAAGCAGCAGCAAGUUCCAGAGGUCGCUGUCGAUGCCUCCGACGCCGGUGACUCCAGGGACGCCGACGGCCACAACGCCGAGCCCUCGCAAGGAGAACGUGUGGAGGAGCGUCUUCAACCCCGGCAGCAACCUCGCCACCAAGACCAUCGGCGCCGAACUCUUCGACCGGCCCCAACCCAACUCCCCUACCGUUUAUGACUGGCUUUACAGUGGGGAGACUCGAAGCCAGCACCGUUAGGCGAUCUGCCGGCCGGCUACCAGUCGAUUUCGUGCAGCGGCUUGUUGCCUCUUCCCAUCUUUCCUGUUGAUCCUUCUUUUUCUUCUUCUUUUUUGUUAACUGCGUGUAUGACAGUCUGUUGAAGAAGCUUGUCACCUGGAUGUGAUACAGUAGUGGAUAGUGUUUGGCAGAUCUUGUACAUAAGAUAUUGUAAACAAGUGGGGAAGGGGUUGCUGCCGAGAUGUGGACGUUAUGCUUAUCUUCUUCUUUGGGUUUUUGUCUGCAUGUAAUGAUUUCGGUUAAGAACAAAUCUAGAAGAUGUGAUCUAUGAAUUUGAUAAUCCAAAUGCCAGUUACUGCGCUUAAUAAA